UUGUGAAUUAUUAUUCCGUUUUCGUGCUGUUCGCAUUUUGCGUAAUCAACCCGAUGAAAUCGUAUUGUUGUUCUGAAAAUAGUGCUGUGAUUUGAAUUAUUGGCAAUCAAAUUGAAUCGAAAAGUCUGGUGACAGUUGGAAAUUGGCUUUUCUGGAACAAAAAAUCGCAAAAUUCGUAGUUAAGAAAGCAACCGCUGCUUGGCUCUGUUUUCCUCCUUCGUAACCAUACGCAACCAUUCAUAAGUUUUGCUGUGGUGAGAACGCACCGAACCACGUGAUUCUCUGUUUGCGUUUGCCCAGUAUAAAUACAACGGAGAGAGGUGUGUAAAAAGUAACGCACACUAGCAUAAUCAGCAUUGUACUCGCAUCCAGUUUGAGAGCAGCAAAAGAGAAUCCCCCCGUCAGUUGGUACCAUACAAAGCGCAACCAUGUCGCUCAGUCAACUUUUGAACGUCACUUCGAAGAGUGCCAGCACGGCUGGAAGCUGCCUGGCAUCUGCCCUCGGCACUAGAAACAGAAGCUUUGGUCAGAUAUCCUCCUCGACAGUGGUGCUGCUAUCAUCGCAACCAUCAUCGAGCAGUAUUAUCUCCUCGCCGCCGCCAUAUCACAAACAACGAGCGACCGUCGCUGGAACUAGAACGAUGACGACCUCGCCCUGUGCCUACAAACCCUGCGUUACGCUGGAUAACAUCAAUCCGGCGAUUAAGGUGAUGGAAUAUGCGGUUCGUGGUCCGCUGGUUAUCCGUGCCGGGGCUAUCGAGAAAGAGUUGGAACAGGGUGUGAAAAAACCAUUCAAGGAAGUAAUUCGGGCCAACAUUGGCGAUUGCCAUGCCAUGGGACAGCAGCCGAUCACCAUUAUUCGACAGGUCCUCGGUUUAGUCUCCUACCCGCCACUCUUCAACGACAAAUCGAUCCCGGAGGACGCCAAGCAACGUGCCCGCGCGAUUCUGGACGGCUGCAAGGGUGGCUCGAUCGGUUCCUACACCGAAUCGUCCGGCAUCGAAAUCAUUCGGCGCCAUGUCGCUCAGUACAUUCAGGAUCGAGACGGUGGAAUCCCAUCGGACUUUAACGACAUCAUUCUGUCGGCCGGUGCCUCCGGUGGUAUCAAGGUGCUGAUGUCACUACUACGAUGUCCCAUCGACGGAAAGAAGCCGGGUGUAAUGAUUCCCAUCCCCCAAUAUCCGCUCUAUUCGGCAACGAUUUCUGAGCUUGAUAUGGCCCAGAUUGGGUACUAUCUGGACGAGGAUAACAACUGGGCAUUGAACAUUUCGGAGUUGAGUCGUGCACUGACCGAAGCGAAGAAAACUUGUGCUCCUCGUUUAUUGUGUGUGAUCAAUCCGGGUAAUCCGACCGGACAGGUCCUUUCGCGGGAGAACAUCGAAGAGAUUAUUAAAUUUGCGCACAAGGAAAAGCUGGUUCUUUUCGCCGAUGAGGUCUACCAGGAUAAUAUCUACGAAAAGGGAUCGAAGUUCCACUCGUUCAAGAAGGUUAUGAUGGAAAUGGGUGCCCCGUACAACGAGAUGGAACUGUGCAGUUUUAUGUCCUGCUCGAAAUGCUAUAUGGGUGAGUGUGGAAUUCGAGGCGGUUACGCCGAGGUUGUCAAUCUAUGCCCGAACGUGAAGGCCAUGCUGCUGAAGUGCAUCUCUGCUCAGCUUUGUCCGACCACGAUCGGUCAGGCUUGUAUGGAUGUCGUGGUAAAUCCACCGAAUCCGGGUGAACCCUCGUACGAGUUGUUUUUGAAGGAGAAAAAUGCCGUACUGUCGUCGCUGAAGGAACGUGCCGAAAUGGUGGCCGCGGCUUUCAACUCGUUCGAAGGUUUCUCCUGUAAUCCGGUGCAGGGGGCGAUGUAUGCCUUUCCCCAGAUUCGGUUACCCCCGAAGGCUAUUGAGGCGGCCAAGAAGGCCGGCCAGGCACCGGACGCGUUCUAUGCAUUCCAGCUGUUGGAGCAAACCGGCAUUUGCAUUGUUCCGGGCUCCGGCUUUGGACAACGUCCCGGAACCUACCACUUCCGCACCACGAUUCUACCGCAACCCGCCAAACUGAAGGAGAUGCUUGGAAUUUUCAAAUCCUACCACGAGAAGUUUGUGAAGCAGUACUCAUAAGCGACCACGACGUACCGCCUCGGAGACGUCUCACCCAAAAGCAGCACAUCAACCGUUGCCGUCGUCUCCUGCGCUAGCGCUGUUACCGCUAUUUCGAUUGCACAGCAUCGCAACCGAAAAACUGCCAUCAAUUACAGAACGCACCGAAGUCGGUUGACGUUCCUUCCUGUGCGGGGAAAGCUUUAGAUCAUCCACACACACACAAACACAAAAUCACAUAUAAUAGGGAGGAAAGCAAUCAGAUUGCAUGUAAUUUGUUAUAAACAUUUCGCCACUAGGAUUUUAGAAAAGUAGCUCCCAUUCUUUAAUCAGUCGUUAAUAGUGAAUUUAUCCGUUGUACAUUUAGUAGUGCUUUAAUUUUUCUAUUUUAAAUUUGUUCCCUUUAUUAUGAAGAACAAGAGAUUAGUUGGGCAAAGCCCCAAUGAAAAAAAAUUGGCAACUAAACAAAUGAUGAAAAAAAGACAAUAAUUUUCUAGUAUUGAGAAGCGGACACUCGAUUUGGCUAAUCAAGUAUUGUUUUAUUUUGUUUUUGUGUGUGGUAGAAAUUGUACUAUAUACUCAAUACCCACUACGUUACUGAUGUCGAUGUGUAUUUUUAGCGCGUUAUACAAAAUUUGUGCGCAAUUGCUUGUUUAAACUUGGAUGUAAGUAGCAGACCCUACUAAAAAACGUAAAAACAUAUUUCGCAAAAGAUUAUAUUCUGGCUGUUUUAAAACUUAUCUUCAAAGAUGUAAAAUAAAGGCACAUUACAGCAAAGUGUG